AUGAAAAUCAUUCUUUUCUUUUCAUUUCUCUUUUUCUUUUCAUUCCUCUUUUUUCUUUGUUUGCAUUCCUCUUUUUUUCUUUGUUUGCAUUCCUCUUUUUUUCUUUGUUUGCAUUCCUCUUUUUUUCUUUCUCUUUCUUUUCAUUUUCUCUUUUUCUCUCUCUUUUUCUCUUUUUCUCUCUCUUUUUCUCUUUUUCUCUCUCUUUUUCUCUCUCUUUUUCUCUCUCUUUUUCUCUCUCUUUUUCUCUUUCUUUUUCUCUUUCUCUCUUUUUCUCUUUCUUUUCUCUUUCUCUCUUUUCUUUUCUUUCUUUUCUCUCUUUUCUCUUUUCUCUUUCUCUUUUUUCUCUUUUUCUUUUUUUCUUUUCUCUUUUUUUUUUUCUUUUUUCUCUUUCUCUUUUUUCUUUUCUUUUCUCUUUUUUUCUUUUUCUCUUUUCUCUUUUCUUUCUUUUCUCUUUCAACCAAUGCUAAUCUUCUUUUUCUUUCUUUUCCUUUUUUUCUUCUUUCUUUUCCUUUUUUUCUUCUUUCUUUUCCUUUUUUCUUCUUUCUUUUCCUUUUUUUCUUCUUUCUUUUCCUUUUUUUCUUCUUUCUUUUCCUUUUUUCUUCUUUCUUUUCUUUUUUUCUUCUUUCUUUUCCUUUUUCUCUUCUUUCUUUUCCUUUUUUCUUUCUUUCUUUUCCUUUUUUUUUCUUUCUUUUCCUUUUUCUCUUUCUUUUCCUUUUUUUUCUUUCUUUUCCUUUUUUCUUUCUUUUCCUUUUUUCUUCUUUCUUUUCCUUUUUCUCUUCUUUCUUUUCCUUUUUCUCUUCUUUCUUUUCCUUUUUCUCUUCUUUCUUUUCCUUUUUUCUUUCUUUCUUUUCCUUUUUUUCUUUCUUUUCCUUUUUCUCUUCUUUCUUUUCCUUUUUCUCUUUCUUUUCCUUUUUUCUUUCUUUCUUUUCCUUUUUUCUUCUUUCUUUUCCUUUUUCUUUUUCUUUUCCUUUUUUCUUCUUUCUUUUCCUUUUUCUUCUUUCUUUUCCUUUUUCUCUUCUUUCUUUUCUCUUCUCUUACUCCAUUCUUUUAUUGUCUUCUCUUACUCCAUUCUUUUACUGUCUCUGGAUGGUUAAUGAUCUUAUGUUUAGCAAAUCCUUUUGA